AUGGUCUACCUCGGCCCCUCGCGAGGAUGUGAAACAUGCAAACGGCGGAGGAAGAAGUGCGAUAAAGCUCGUCCUUCAUGUCUGCGAUGCCAAAAUUCAAACCGCACAUGUGCAGGCUACCAAGAACAAGCCAGCCAGACGCUGAUCUUCCAGCGGAACUAUACUGAGACCAUAACCGCCACUGACUACUGGGCGGGUGUAAAGCCCCUCGCGCGAAAGUGUAGUCUACCGGUUCGAGCACCAUACCCUGGUACAGAUACCCUACCGGAUGACGCUGCUCCAAAAGAAGUGAGCGAGGAGGAUGUAGUGGAAUAUGCCGUGCGUGGAUUCUUCUACGACUUUUCCGUUUCCUCACAGGAUAGCAUCAGCGCAUCCGUUGGCUUUCUCAAUGAUCUUGAGAUGCAGGUCAAGCGCAAAGGAAUGGACUCGGUUCUUGCAAAUGCCUGCACGAUGAUUAGCUAUGCGAGUAAUGCUAAGAAGCUGUAUCGGCCGUCUUUCAUCACCAAGGCAGAGGUUUUGUACCACGAGUUGCUGCGGUAUCUGGCAGAGGAGAUUGCAAGGUCAGGACUUGUGGGGGAGAGGUCAGAGCCUGUUCAGCUGGCUUGGCUGAUGGGUCUUUACGAGGUUGUCAUGGCUGAUGAGACACGUCUUGAACAAAUCGACGUACAUGUUAGAGGGAUAGCGGGAAUGUUGCAAAUCCAGAACUCGCCAUUGGGCUUUAUCCGUGGAGUAUUCUCUUGUAACUCCCUUGACCCAGGGACGCAGAUGAAAGACCCCGGUCUUGUGCGCUUGCCACAUUGGGCCAGUAACCUGGGAUUACUACACGACAUCCUGCUUGACAUAUACUCCCUAAGGUUGGAAGGGGAACAAGUCUUGGCAAACUCAACAUCGACAGAGUCGCGUCAACAUGCCCUUUUACAGCUGGCUGCUAUACUCAAUGACCGCCUAGCACGGUGGGAGGAAAGUCUUUCGCCAGAGAGCAAGCCCACCACAAUAGGCCACGUACGAGCGAGCAGUAACCCAUACAUUGAAGUCGGACACUGGCCCGGCCCAUUGCACAUGUACACUGACAUUCGCGCGGCAGCCAUCCUGAACGUUAGUCGCGUUGCACAAUGCUACCUCCUCGAUAUUAGUUUCAGGCUCAAACUCAUCCAGGCUGGCGUAGAGGACAACGAUCAAGAGAGACUGAAGGCUACGCAGCUCAUUCAGGACUUUACAUCAUCAAUUGCGUACCACCUAGUUGAGGAUUUGUAUUCAUUCUCUGCGACGGUGCAACGUGGCAAUCCCAUCGACCAGCCCGGAAGGGCAGCUGGGGGAUUACUGUUGAUGUAUCCCCUGUACAUUGCGUCUCAGCUAUCCACCGUACCCCUUGAGUUGCAGGACUAUUUCAAGCGGUGUCUAGUCUGGAUUGGACAAAAUAUGGGAAUUGGAUACGCUUCUCUGUUGGCUAAGGCCCAUUUCCAUAUUGAUGACCUAACUGCUGCAUGUAUGAUUGUGUACGGUGGAUUGCUCUAA